AUGAUAAAAACCAUUCUUUUAUUCGUAGUAUUUUCUAUUGUUUAUAAUCAAUGUAAUGCAUGUGAUUUAUGUAUUAUUGAUUCAACUUGUGAUAGUGAUAACGUUCAUUUCAAUAUUUCAGUAUCAAGAGAAUGUCAAUAUCCAUUAAAAGUAUCUUUUACUUAUACAACUGAUAUUAGUAUUGAUAAACAUUAUUUAAAUCAAACAAUUGAUUGUUAUAAUUGUCAUUUUGAUCUUACUAUUGAUCCUAUACGUGAUGCAUGGAUUUAUACUUUAUCAUUUGUAUCACCUAAACCACCAUCAAAAAGAUGUUCAGUACAUAAAGCUAAUUGUGUUGGAUCAACAUCACCAUAUGUAUGGAUUGUUACUGGUAGUCUUUCCGGUUUAUUCAUCUUAUCUGGUACUCUACUAUGUAUUAUUCGAUAUUGUCGUAAACAAUAA